UAUCCUAAUCAGCCGUGGAUGAAGUAAGAGUAAAAAAACGGAAACUAAACAAGAGCGGUGGAGUUUGGUGUGGAGAGUCGUUUCUACACGAAUCGACCACCACUGGCUGGGGGAAGAAUGCUUGAAAAUAAAAGAGAGAGGUUGAAAACCUUUCUCAGAAAGAUCGACGAGAAAGCAAUCGUCAGAAUAAAGCACUUCAUGAAGGAGAGCAGUUACCCGGUGGAGAGCAGUGGUGGCGGGUUGCCAGCCAAAACAAAGAAAAGCAGGAGUAGCCUGAGCCAUGGUGGCAAUAAGAAGGUGGAAACGAAAGCUUUGAGUUUGGAGGCGGCCCAGCUUGAGAUCCAGCAACAGCGUAAAACCCUCACAAGACAAGUAGCUGUCAGGUCACAAACAUUUGAUGUUGAAAACAGAGUUUUUGAGAAGACUGAUGGCACCAGCACACAAAGUAGCUUCACAAAGCACAACAAAACAUUCCACAAAUUGUUUCCAGACAUUCCUGAAGAUGAGGACUUGAUACAUGCAUACAUCUGUGCCCUGCAGAAGGAAGUGCCCUACCAUGGUCGGCUGUACAUAACCGAUACCCACGCCUGCUUCUACUCCUCCGUUUUGCUCAAGGACACAAAGGUUGUGAUUCCAGUUUCCUCCAUCCAUAUAGUGAAGAAGCAGAACACAGCGUUGCUGGUACCCAACGCCUUGUCAGUUCGUACUACAGAAGGAAACAAGUACCUCUUUGUGUCGCUGCAAAACAGAGAAUCAUGUUACCAGCUGCUGCGCUCAGUCUGUCCUCAGAUAGAGGAUGGCAGUACAAACAGUAGCUACCUCUUCUCCUCAGGCGAAAACGGCUUUGACAAGAGCAAACCUGUGAACUCCAGCCAGUCCAGUUUGGAUGACAGCUUUGACCGCUUGGAUGGCUCUGAAACUCCAUCUUUACAGGAGCAGACUCUGCAGAGACCUCACAAAGAAGCAGUGCCUCGUGGAAAUGCCUCAGCUUUUAGGAACCGGCGCAUGCAGCAAAGUAAUAGCUCAUCCUCAGAGGAGCUUUCAGAGUCAGGUGGAUCUUGGGUCUGGAAUGUGACUGAAAAAGCAAAGUCUCUGCUGGUUCAGAGAGAGGCCAGCACCCUGAACACCCUCCUCUUCAUUUACUUGAUUUUGGUUGUGCUGCUGCUGCUGUCUUCAGGAUACAUUGGUUUGCGUAUUGUAGCCCUGGAGGAACAGCUUACAUCACUCGGUGCACUGCCCGAGUUCACCUUACAGAACGGGUAUCAUAAAGACACAUAACACUCGGUGACGGAUGGAGAGACUGACUCAUGACUGGAAGAUAAUUGCAGCCUCAUUUCAGCAGAACCCAGAAGGCAGACUUUGAUGUACUCAAGACUCUGCUUCCACCCAUGACCUGCGCUGUUAACGUAGAGGAAGAGUGGCCAACCUGUGCAAUUUCAGAGAUGUUGACUUGAAGGGCUAUAAUUCCCUCCCCCCAGAGCAGUAAACAAAAGUCACACAAAGCCAAGCCAAAUGUGUGCUCACACUGCCUGGUUGCAGUGUAUCUUUUCUUCAAACCAAAGCCAAAUGGCUCAAACUCAGCAAGGUGCCACUCUAGCCAAGUUGAUGAUCGCUUUCAGAAAGUAUUGCACAUCCAUGAACUUGUGUCGUCAGUUGUCCUCUACUCCAUAAGCACGCAGUCUGAACAGGGCUAUACCAUUUAGCUUUAGCCUGCUGUAAUGCUUACUACUGCACCUCAACACUGGAGAUGUAGUGUUAUGCAUAGCCAAAGAUGCACACAGUGCAUGUCUUUUGCAUGAGUGCACAAAGAUGACUUUUCAAUCUUUCAUAACCCUCCAUUUCUAAGCUGUAUAUUCAGUCCUGUCUCAAUCUUUAUAUUCAGUAAGUUUUGGGUACUUCAGAUGGUUCUUGUAUUUCUAAUCAGGUGUGGGUUGAAGCAAUGAUUGAAAUUACAUCUACAUCACAUGCAGAUCAGCCCACAGAGGCUUGAUACUUUCCUGAUGGUCUUAUUCUUUCUCUCUUUUUCCAAUGAGGAAUCAUUACAGUAUGACUUUCCUCGUCUUUGGCAUGAUUUAAAUCUGUUUAAUGAUCAUUGCUCAGAGGUUGUUUUCCUUUCAGUCUCUACUUGAUUAAUGCCUCAUCAAUGCACAAGUACUUAGUACAAUAGGACACGAGGAGGUUGUCUCAGUGGCAUAGACACAUUUCUCUUAUCAGCUGUUCUAUGACUUUGGUCUUCAAAGAGUAGAUUUAAAAUCUGUGCUUCAGGUGUGUUUUUGUACUGUUUAGCAGGAAAAUGACCCUCCUGUGUUUUAAGUACAAAUCUCUCUUUGACAGGCCUCUCGAGGACCAUGCAGCAUUGUCAGGUUAAUUUAAAGUAGCACCAAUAAUAGAUUUCUAAUGCAUGUGUCUGCAGUUAUUGACACUUGACUGAUACUGUAUAUGCAUUGCUGCUAUUGUCACCUUGACAGGCAAAUUUAUAUCAUUUGCUGCAAGGCUGCAGGUUUUCACAUUAGCAAAACAUGUGGUCCUAAAAGAAAUUUCAAUAUGCAACAAAUUAUUAUGCAUGGAAGAAAAUGUAAUUUAUGUCUGUGUGAAGUUUUUAAGUGGAGCUUGUUUGUGGGGAAGAAAUUGUGUAAGAGAAGAAAUAAGUGAAAGGAAUGGCUCUAGAGAGCAAGCGCACUUUAAAAAAAUGUGUUGUGCCUGUCACAAUCCAAGACACUUUGGAUUGAGAAGAAAUGGCAAAGCUGGCAUUUUGUGGUGUCUGAUGGUGCUAAGACUUUUUUUUUUAUUUUAUUAUUGUUUUCACUCAGGGGUGAUGGGCACUACCUGCCUCGUGGCUUCAGGUGUUCCAGCAUUGUCAUUUCAAAGUCGAGUGCUCAGGAUGGGUUUCACAUUUUGCAUCUCUUUGAUGUUUUCUUAAUUAGCCCCUUUGAGGAGAAAAAGAAAAAAUCGUUUUCCCACUUGACUUGGAUACACCUGCACUCAGCUCCUCAGAAUGCUUGCUUUUUUCUUCCCCACUUCUAAUCUUUUUAAAAGUAACAUAACACAUUUCCAUGCCAUAUUUAAACAUUUCACUCUUUGUGGAAGCUCUGCCUGAUGAGGUGUAGUCACUGAGUCAGCUUUUGCUACACCCUCAUUCAGGAGAGAUGUUUCUAAUGUUGAGCAAAGGUUUUUGCCAUACCAUAUACAUUACUGUCAGUAAUUAUUAUUCCCCAACAGGGGGCACCACACACAACCACUGUCCUCAAAGAACUGAAUUUGAGACUGAAUGAGGGCAGUAUUUGUGUGGUUUUGCACUAUUCAGAGUGUUGUAAAUAAUUUUGUACCAGUUGUUAAUGUCCUUAAUUCUACUAUGUUCCUAGAUAUUUAUUUGCAUUCUGUGUAAUUCAAAGUAGUCUCUGUGAGAUGGCUUUGCUAUUGUUCAAAAUAAAAGAAUGGUUUCAAAGUAAA